CCGCGAAGAGCCACAGCCGCUGCCCGAGUCCAAAAUGAUGCCCGCUGCAUCGGGACCAUUUUCAAGUAGAGUAGACAUAGGACAAGAACAACAACAAGAACACUGCGCGAGAGAGAGAACAACUCUCUUUCUCUUACUCUUUGAUGAGCGCAACAUCACAACAGCCGCUUUUUCCUCGCACCCAUCUUGAUGCUGCAGAUAAUGAGAAACAUGCCUUUGCUGCCCAGCCGCUUUCGCGUGUUUUUAGGUCGAGUGCGACUCUGAGCACAAUGUGCUGCCCUUGAAAUAU